AUGUCAUCGAGAAAGAAGAAUAUCCUAAAGGUGAUUAUUCUAGGGGAUUCUGGGGUUGGUAAAACCUCCCUAAUGCACCGUUAUGUUAAUGACAAGUAUAGUCAACAGUACAAAGCUACCAUUGGUGCUGAUUUUUUGACCAAAGAGGUUACUGUGGAUGGAGAUAAGGUAGCCACUAUGCAAGUCUGGGAUACUGCUGGUCAGGAAAGGUUCCAAUCCUUAGGUGUAGCUUUUUAUCGCGGGGCGGACUGUUGCGUUUUAGUGUAUGAUGUUACUAAUGCCAAAUCGUUUGAUAACAUUAAAUCAUGGCGGGACGAGUUUUUAGUACAUGCUAAUGUACCAUCACCAGAGACUUUUCCUUUUGUUGUUUUGGGCAAUAAAAUUGAUGUGGAAGAAUCGAAGAAAGUUGUGACCACUAGAUCUUCGCAAGAGUUGGCCAAAAAUUUGGGUAAUAUACCCUUUUUUCUAACAAGUGCCAAGAAUGCUAUCAAUGUUGACGAUGCUUUUGAAGAGAUAGCUCGUAGUGCUUUACAACAAAGCCAAGCAGAUGCAGAUUCCUAUGAGGAUGACUUUAAUGACGCUAUUAAUAUCCAGUUAGAUGGCGAGCCAAGUUCAUGUAAUUGUUAA